CAGCAUCAAGCUAAGGUCACUCAGUCUCACUCGGGAACUGAACCAGCACUGCACCACACCAGCUAAAGAGAGUUUUUCUGCAAAUCUACAGCCAGAAUGUCUCUGUCAAACAAACUCAAUUUGGACAAGGUGGAUGUGAAAGGAAAGCGCGUCAUUAUGAGGGUUGACUUCAACGUCCCUAUGAAAGACAAGACAAUAACAAAUAACCAGAGAAUCAAGGCUGCGGUCCCAUCAAUUCAGCACUGUUUAGAUAAUGGGGCCAAAGCUGUAAUCCUGAUGAGCCACUUGGGCCGGCCUGAUGGAGUCCCCAUGCCAAACAAGUACUCUCUGGAGCCUGUGGCUGCAGAACUCAAGAGCCUGCUGGGAAAAGACAUUCAGUUCCUGAAGGACUGUGUGGGUCCAGAUGUGGAGAAAGCCUGUGCAGACCCUCCUGCCGGUUCUGUCAUUUUGCUGGAGAACCUGCGUUUCCAUGUGGCCGAGGAGGGCAAGGGCAAAGAUGCAUCGGGGAACAAGACCAAAGCAAGUCAGGCGGAAAUCGAUUCUUUCCGAGCCUCCCUGUCCAAGCUGGGUGAUGUUUACGUCAACGAUGCCUUUGGAACUGCGCACAGAGCUCAUAGCUCCAUGGUUGGAGUGAAUCUCCCUCAGAAGGCAGCUGGUUUUCUGAUGAAGAAGGAGCUGGACUACUUUGCCAUGGCCCUUGAGAAACCACAGAGGCCUUUCCUGGCCAUUCUCGGGGGUGCCAAGGUCAAAGAUAAGAUUCAGCUGAUCAACAACAUGUUGGACCAGGUGAAUGAGAUGAUCAUUGGUGGAGGAAUGGCCUUUACCUUCCUCAAGGUUCUCAAGAACAUGGAGAUCGGCACUUCCUUGUAUGAUGAAGAGGGUGCCAAAAUUGUGAAAGACCUCAUGGCUAAAGCUGAGAAGAACGGCGUGAAGAUCGCACUUCCUGUUGACUUCGUCACCGCAGACAAGUUUGACGAGAAGGCGGCAACGGGGACUGCAUCAGUAGCAGAUGGUAUUCCAGCUGGCUGGAUGGGUCUGGACUGUGGUCCUGAGAGCUCAAAGCUCUAUGCGGAGGCUGUAGCCAGAGCCAAGCAGAUUGUGUGGAACGGACCUGUUGGUGUGUUCGAGUGGGACAACUUCUCUCGUGGAACCAAGAACUUGAUGGACAAAGUUGUGGAAGCGACCAAAAAUGGCUGCAUCACCAUUAUUGGUGGGGGAGACACCGCAACCUGCUGUGCCAAGUGGGACACAGAAGAUAAGGUCAGUCAUGUGAGCACUGGAGGCGGAGCCAGUCUGGAGCUGCUGGAGGGUAAAGUGUUGCCUGGUGUCGAUGCCCUCAGCAACGUAUAAGAGGCUCUUCAGCCAGAGGUUGGGUGCUCAUCUCUCAAGAAGCCCUCAUCCUUAUUCACUCAGUGUUUGUUUAGCAUUCUAUAACCUAUCGGGGAUGCAACAGACGACUACUCCACUCUCUAUGGACCGCUAACAGUAUGCUGUGCUAGACUCCCUGACCUGGGCUGCGUUUCUCAAAAGCAUUGUGAGCUAAGUUGAUCGUAGAGACCAUUGGUUGCAA